CUCCUUCCUCUCUCUUACUUUCUUUCUUUCUUCAUAAAAUUAAAAAGCUUACAUACAUCUCUCUCAUCAAGAAACCAACGCUUUUCAUCAAGCAAAAAGCGGCGGGAAAUGGUCACCGCAUUGUUUGCAUUUCUCAAAGAGAAACAGCCAACACUCUUCAAUCCAAUACACAUUGAAGUAUACUUUGAGUUUGAUUUGUUCGAUUACAACCACACUUCCGACAGUUUAAACGGCGCUGGAAUUUUUCUAUUGUUUUCCUGCUGAAAAGAAUACACACACUCUCAAUCAAUGUUUCGACCUUUCACAAUAGCAUUCAGUCAAAAGCUUUAUCUAAAACCAAAUAAGAGAUGGUCAUUUUGCCUUGCAGGAGGCGUGGGCCUCAUUUGGUAUGAAUCUGAUGAUCGUCCCAAGCUGAUCUGGACGGCUGCACAACGCAUAGGACUUGCCGCCAGGAUCGGUCUACAGGUUGCUGCUGAUUACAAAUUGGUACAGUCAAGAUCGUACUCAUCUGAACAAGAAUGCAUCGAAGCCAAAAGUCAAUGUCACUUGCGGUCUGCUCAACGUGUGUUAAGAGGACUUCAAAAACUUGGUGGGAUCUAUGUCAAGUUGGGUCAACAUGUCUCCACGAUGAACUACAUCUUGCCGAUCGAAUGGACUUCGACCUUGGCUGUACUUCAGGAUCGCUGUGAUCCUAGCACGCCCGAGGAUCUGCGAGCGAUGUUUUGGCAUGACUGUGGACAAUCACUUGAUGACGUCUUUGAUGAAUUCAAUUGGCAGCCAAUCGGUGUGGCAUCGCUUGCCCAAGUGCACAAGGCACGUCUAGGAUCACAAUGGGUGGCUGUCAAAUUUCAGCAUGCUCGUCUAGAUGAGUUUUAUAGGAUUGAUCUUCAGACAGUUUCCUUCAUCACUCACACCAUCAAACGCAUAUUUCCUGAUUUUGGCUUUGAAUGGAUCAUGGAAGAAAUGGAGCAAUCACUGCCUCAAGAACUCGAUUUUGAACAUGAAGCUGCGAAUGCCUUGCAGGUCAAGAAGAAUUUUGAACACUGCUCAACGGCACUAGUGAUUCCAAAUAUCAUUUGGGCCAAAAGGCGAAUUCUCUGCAUGGAGUUUAUUGAUGGAGCACGAGUGGAUAACUUGGAAUAUCUUGAAAAACAUCAUAUCGAUUCGAGUGCGGUGUCAACAGAGAUAACAAAUAUCUUUUCUAAAAUGAUGUUUAUUGAUGGAUUUGUACACUGCGAUCCACAUCCUGGCAAUAUCUUUAUUCGACCUGCCAAAAGAACCCGAUCUCAUCCUUACAAUUUUGAUGUUGUUCUCUUAGACCACGGGCUGUACCGAACCCUCACUGACCAAUUACGCACUGACUAUGCGCACCUGUGGACAUCAUUAAUUCGAGGCGAAGAAGAUGGUAUACGUAAAUACUCACUCCGUGUGGGUUGCCGACCAGAAUCGCAUCGACUCUUUGCUUCUCUCUUGACCGGGCGAGAAUGGUCAACGAUCCAAUCCGCCAGUCUUUCGUCUGAUCGAACGAUCACAGAGAUCAGCCGAGUGUCUGGUCGUGCAAAACAUUUUCUGAAUCGUAUUUACGAUAUUCUCGAGACUCUGCCGCGUAUCGUGGUAUUGCUUUUGAAGACAAGUGAUCUUCUUCGCAGCCUUGAUGAAAAUCUAAGAAAGAGCAAGGACAAAUACAUGACCUACGCUCUCAUGGGCCGCUACUGCGCAGAAGCGGUUUGGAUAGAUCAAAAAAUGAAUCUGCUGCAUCGCCUUCAAAGUUCCUUGACACUCUCUGCUGCUUGGGAGCUUUUCAAAAAUUUAGUGGUGGCCUGGUGGAAAUAUGAACUUCUCGAGUUUGCUUUGUGGGUAUACAGACUGCAGUCGUCGACUAGGGAAAAAUGGCUACUGCUUUGGAAACAAGAGACUGAACAAGUGAAAUCGAGUUAGAGAAUGCUCUAGAUUUUAAUUCUUUGUUAACAAAAUAGAUGGAGUAAUUCUUUUUAAAAAUAGACACAUGAUGUACCGUCGUAAGUUGUUGCUAUGGUGACAAACAAUAAAGACUGAGUUACAAGAACCUUAUACCUUAUAUAAUUUGAUAUUUUUGCAUAUUCCUGAAACUUUUAUUACUUAUUUAGUUC